CAACUUAAAUUGACUAUGGGCCAUUAGAUCGUUAUUCUAUUCUCAAUUUCAGACACAUCAUUCAUAACGUCUUGAGGGAUCAAACAUCUGUUGUGCUCUUAGUGAAAAUGGAUCCGAAAUAUUAUGUGUACAUCAUUCUUCUACUACACAGCGCCUUCAAUCCUGUCGAAGCUGACACGGAAACAUACAGAAUGACGGAUCACGUUUUUACUUGUAGCAAAUGGCUUUCCUCAGUUAUUGAAAACCUUUGCAAUAACGUCUACAGAAUUGUUAAGAGAGACACAUCGUUAUUGAUGGAAAAACUCACACCUCGCGAUAUUCAGAAGAGUGUGAAUAGACGUCGGUUUCUAGCUGAAGAGAAAUGGCGUCGGUUGCGUAGGCAAGUCGCGACUGAGUGCUGCGUGGAAGCAUGUACUAUCAGCAACAUCAUUUUGUACUGCCCCGAAAACUCCAAAGUGAUUAAAGAAAACCCCCAUAUCUUUGGUAAUUGGAACAUGAAGCUUGCCGUGAUAGUUUUUUGUGUGAUGACGUUUUCGCGAGCCGAUCAGGAAACACCUGUGGUGCUAUGUGGAAGGGAACUUGCCAAUGCCAGAGUGUUAGUUUGCUAUGGCGCUGAGUUCGUCUCUAAACGAGCGUCACCACAAUCUAUUGUCGCCGCAUUAGCAAGUGGCGAUAAAUGGAUUGAAGAACUCAUGUGGGGAGGGCGUCGUGCCGCUAUAAGUGCUGAUUGGAACCGAUACAAAAGGGGCGGUUUGGCUGAUGAAUGCUGUCUUAAACCCUGCACCACCGCUGAUAUACUUAACUACUGCUAAACGUGUGAUUAAAAU